ACUCAUCCCUGCCAUCAAGGACCUUGUAUUCCAGUGGAGAGCCAGACAACAAAAUAUAAACAAGUAAAAUAUGUAGCACGUCAAACAGUGAUAAAUGCUAUGGAGAAAAAUUAAGCAGAUAUGAGAGAUGGUGUUUACUGAAAGAAUGAAUAAAGAGCUGUAACAAAAAAAUAAAGCUGUAUAAUCCUAUCAUUUCAAUGAAUAUUUUAGGGUAAUGUGCUGAAUUGAAGAGUAGGAAAGGAGCCUUGAUUCUGAGUUUGUUCACCUUGUCAUGGAAAAUUUAUCAUUGAGUACGUAUUGUUUAAGAUACUGCGGUGGACUAAGACCCUAACUAAAGCAGAGACAUUUAGUUAGAAAUUAAUUUCUAUUCUUUACACAGUGGCUCCUGCAUCUUAAUCCACUGCAGUGUUUUCUGGUGCCCAUUUGCUCACUUUUGAAUGCAGAGAAUUGUGGCUGUCAGAUCUCAAGCCCCAUUGCUGCCUCUGUAUAAGUGGAUGUCUGAUCUGAAAGCGUGUUGUGGUCCGCUACACACAAGAGCAAAAGAAGAGCAGGAAGGAACUCAGUGCCAAGACUACAGCCACAGGAAGAACAACAGCUCUUGGGGCUGCAGCUCUAAAGACAGGCCAGGUCAUUACAGGAACGUCUGCUCCCUUAGCCUUGCCAGACAGAGGAGGGUUAAGAAAGGAACUGCUGACCCUGAUAUGCAAACUGCCACGAGUGCUUCCUGCCUUUCUAUCAGCGUCAGAUGGCUAGCGAUGGAUGGCUGUAAAGUGGAUAUAAUUAAUAUUUUAUUUUCGGGGCCACAGUGCUGGUCGGGAGCACCAAGCAAAUCAACCAACAGAUUAAAGAGUGAUGGAGAAAGCUGUGUUUUGGGUUUCAUUGGGAACAGAAUGGAAGAGUUGAGGGUGGAAGGGACCUUAGCAAGUCUUCUGAUCCAUGUUUCAACCUUCAUUUCCCCAUAACCUCAAGGAGAGAGUUGCUUUUCCUGUUCUUCAAAUGAGUUCCUUGAAUUCACACUCUAUUUCUUUGAAUUUGCACAGACUGUUGAGGAACAGGCGGCGGGGUCACCCUACCUCUGCUCAGACAAGCCUGGAAGAGAAAAAUUUUACAUAGAAGACUGGGCUGGAAGAGGCCUGGGAACUUGAGGAUUCCCACUUCCACACUGCCCACUCUAGUUCUCAAGAGGCAGCUAUGCUGCAGCGCAGACCACUGAAUUUAGAUUCAGGAAUCUGGGUUUACAUCUCAUUCCUCCUCUUACUUGCAAGUCACUUACCACACCAGGCCUCGGUUUCCUGGACAAUAAAAUGGGGAUAACGUUGUCCCAUGUGGUUGUUGGUGGUAACAAAAUUAUGCACACGAGCACGCCUUGUAAUCUAAGUUAGACCUGCACUAACCUAGAUUAGCUGACCAGGGUGGAGGGUGGGAGGGGCAGGCUUCAGUGUGUGACUUACCUAGAGGCCAAGGAGAGUCACCAUGGAUAGGGCAGUCCUUGUUAGUCCCCUGCUCUCUCACUGUGGCUCUGAGAAUCUCCAGGAAGAAUUGGCUGGUUGAAUUCUGAACUCUACCAAGAAAGGUGUGCUGGAGACCAGGGCCAUAGAAGUCUCCUUGUUGAUGUACGAAAAUCAGGAAGCCGUCUCAGGUCCUCUCUACCAGCAUAUAUUGUAAUUAUUCAUCUCCUUCCCUGUCAGUCGGCACUGGAAAAUUUUGCUUCUUCUAAAAGGAACAAAUGUCUCUAGUUCUUGUUGCUCCAACAAGGUGUCUGGCUUGAUUCCUAAAAUAAAUGAAUAAAUGAACAAAUA